AUGGCAUUGUCGCACGAGGAGGGCAGUUUCAGCGGCUUUUCGCCGUCACCGCCGGCCAACGUUUACUUUUUGAGCAACGAAUCCUGGAACUUGUGUUCUGAAGACAAAAGCGGCGGAAUGGCGCCGCGAUGUGCCGUUUGUGAUUCGCCUAACGCCAGCACUCUUCAUUUUGGAGGUCGCUCUUGCAAGGUUCUUUUUCUUUUCGUUAAAUUUCGAGCAAAAUUAAAAGUCUUGGCGGCAUGUGCUAUCUGCUUUCAAAACCCGUAGUCUACUUUAGUGGUGCCCUCGUGUCGAUGUUUUCAGUUCCACACGCGACUAGGUGCAUGGACCAUUGUUUUCCCGAUUAUCUUACGAUGUUAUUUUUUGAUUUCGACUUCUAAAAAAAGUUGUGACUUAAAAACUUAACUUCAAAAAAAUUAAAAAGAAAGAAGAAUAUUUGCAUUUUCUGUUGUUCAAAAACGUUUUGAGUUUUUGUUAUAGUCUUUUUUUAUUAGGAGUAAGAAAUGCAAAGCUGAAUAUGCGAUCUAUUUCGCUGAAGAUUACCUUACAUUUAAGGCUUGUGCUGCUUUCUUCCGCAGGACUGUGUCGAUGAGCAUGGAGUACCAGUGCAUCGGUACCAAUCCGCAUGCGUCUUGUCGAAUCCAUCACGGUACCUUUCUUUCUUUUCAUCGCGAAAAUAAAAUAACUUUAUCAAAACCUCAGCUCUCAAGAUAAGUUCAAAACUCUAUGAAAGAGAUUUUUUUCUUUGUCUUCUUCGUGGUAAUUAAAAAACAUUGAAAACAAAUUUUUUUGAGCUGUUAGUGAAGAUUAAUCGGUUUCAGAACUUCGAAUGGUUUGCCGACAAUGUAGAUAUGUGAAGUGUUUGCAUGCUGGCAUGAAAAAAGAAUGUGAGUUGAUCAAGUUUUGAGUAUCUAAAUUUAUUGAGCGUUUUGAAAUUUAGCUGAACAUUUCAAAAUAGUAAUUCCCCACUUUCAUUGGUUUGUUGUGAUUUUGAAUGAAGAAUGGAGUCAACAAACAUUUAUGAAAACGGAAAAAAACGGUCAAGUUUUACUUCAAAAUUCUUUAAUCGAAAAAAAAUGAUAGCUGAUUUUUUUUUUCUCGAGAUCCAAGAGACUUCGUUUGAAUGGCUUGUAGCAUUCUAAAAGGGAAUGAGAUUCUUGGAGGACUCGUAUCUUUGUCCCCCAACCAAAUGUAUAGAUUUGAAACAGGUCUGGAAUUUGAAUAGUUCUGAAACAAUUGGUGGCUUUUGAAGUGGUUCAAGCGAGGAGAGAAGACGUGCCAGUGAUGGCGAAGGCUCGGAGGGGGACACGAGGCGUCGUCGUCAAGAAGUCGCAGCUUAUCGAGCAUCCGUCGCCACCGUCGGCAGUGUUCGCCGAGCAAAAUCUGCGACACACACUGCGACCGCUGACGCCGCCGACGCCUCGCAGCGACGCCGAAGAAAUAGUUUUCGUCGAAGUGAACGACAAGCACCUUGUCGAGUACGAGAUGCCCGCGAUUUUGAUGAGCGACGAGUGCAAAUCGAUGAGAAUGCAGCAAGUCGACGAUGUCUAUGUUCGUUUCUUUUUUCCUUGUUGAUCCUAAGAUGCAACGAUUCUUCUAAUGAAAACUUUAGUUCAACUUGGUCUUUGAGCAGCUAUGGUCUCAGAAAAUAAAAAACUACUGAAUUCAAAAAUCCUCUAUAAAUAGCUUGGAAAGGAUUGAAAAUACCGCCAAAGCAAAAUUUACAAGGAUAACCGAACGUGCUCCCGAUUUCGCAUGCCGGUUUGAUUAAAACUUGAACAUUUUGUGUCCAUAAUAUUUUGAAUAUUUCAAUGUUAUGAUACGAGGUCUUUCAACAUUAAUUUUAAAUUCGUAAGUUUUCGGGGAAUGUCCGUAUUAGUAUAUCUACGUGCUUAUUUUGAAACCGGAUUUUGAUUCAGGGAUCGAUUCCGGUGUCUGAAGAUCAGUCCUUGAGUAUCUACGAAACUGACGCGAGCUGCAGCAGUCCAGUCAACAGCUUUGACGACGUUUUUCUCCGAAGAGGACCCUGUUUGUUCUGUUUUUUUUUUUCACAAAAAUGAUUCGAUAUAAAGAAUAAAUCGAAAAUAUAAUUACCUUCCGAUUUUUGCAGCCCUGGAAUUGGAGGACGACAGAAUAUUUUCUUUGGUAGACCACUACAUUCGGAUGGAGGCCUCUCUGCACGAUCGUCGCAAGAUCAUGUACACGGAUUCACCAAUCCGCGAGAUUUUCGACGUCGUCUGUGAAUGUGUCAGUUCACAUUCUCACGCCUCCUGUUAACUCGUUCUUUCAGCCUUUUGAACGACGUCAUCUGCGGAUGUUCAAUUGGCAAACCUUCAGCGGAAUGAGAAAGCCAGACUUCGCCAUGAUCUUGGACUACGUCACAAGCUUUCCGGAUUUCAACGUGCUGAACAGAACAGAAAAGGUUUCCUAGUUUUCCUUCACUGCGACUGGGAAAAUCGAGCUCAGAAUGUGCUCUAUCGGAUGACUUGUGCUGUUGAUACGAUGAUAAGCUCGGCUUACUACACCUAUCGGUAUACUUUCUUUCUCAUUUUCCUCCAUUUAAACCUAUUUUUCGGCUUGGAAUCGAAGAAAGUUUAUUGGUUUUGUUCAACGGGGAGUACAUCCCAAUGGAUCCCCUCCCGAUGUCCGGCGACGAACCAAACGCUUCCGCAGGCUUCAGUUCUAUGGAGGAAUUCACCAAAUACAAGUGCGUUUUUGUUUACGAAAAUCAAAAAAAAUAAUUUUGUGCAGAACGAUAAUGACAGUAAAAAUUCGACAAUGGCUGGAGAUGGCCGUUCCGUUUGCCACUCUCAAUCCGACCUUCGAAGAAUUCGUCCUUCUCAAAGCACUCACCAUUUGGCACAUCAGUAUGUCUUCUCAAUUUCUUGGAAAUCAAUCGAAAUUCGAAACUAUUGUUCGGUAUUCUCUUUCUUCUCAACAGUAGAGAUGUAUAUGUCAAUUUAUAGAUAGUGAGAUCAGGAAAAGCAUUUGAAUCAUAUUCUACAGGUCACUACAAGCUGACGGAAGAGGGACGUGAAGUUUGUGCGAGACAAAGAGACACCAUUAUCAACGCUCUGCACAGAGUCUCGGCCGAAAGAGGAGACGUCGAUCCCGCAGAGAGACUCGGAGAGCUCAUUCUCUGCAUGGGAUACAUCGUCGUAAGUUUUCUCUUCCAACUCUCCGAAAUCUUGAGGGAAAAAUUUCGUCUUUUAUAAUUUCUGGCAACCAAGUAUUUGCUCAAAAAACGCCCUUCUUUUUUCAACCUAUAUUUCAGAAAAAUUGAUUAUUUACGUAGUUUUGAAAACGAUAUAUACAAUAACGUGAGAAGAAAAAAAAUACUGAGCGAAAAUUAAUUUGUUGCUCCAACUGGUUUUAAUUUUAUUUUAUACUCGUUUCUUCAGAAAAUUCAUAUCAAACUUUUUGCUCUUAGCAGAACUUUAUUUUGAGUUGUAGCCCAUCCACGGCUGGCUUAACACAGCGAACAAGCGGUUUGAAAUGCGCGGUAAAGAUAGAUCAUCGCAACUACCCAUGCGCCUUCCAUAAAAGCCCCAUUUUAUGACUUAUUUUUUUCGUAUAUAAUUCUUCGAUUUAAGGAGAACCUGAAAGCCAAUUAAAUUAAUGUAAACAAAAACUUAAUUCAAUUGAAAUAAAUUAAUUCACCAAAUGAGGUUAUUAUUAAAUGCGCAUGUAGAGCCGUCAUGAUCUACCAUCGCCGCGCAAGUUAAACCGCCCCUUUGCUGUCGUAAUCCAGCCGUGAACGGGCUAUAACAUUCUCAAAAAUUUUUACUACUUUUCGUUGAAAUUAGGAUGUUCGCAUAAAAGAACGACUGGCGUUUGAAAAAAAAAACCAAGGAAAUGUGUGUAUUUCAUUCUUUUAGUUGAGGUCGUCUUCAAAAGCGGUACGCGAGUGAAAUUUUUGAAAGUCGUAUUUUUCAAGCUUUUCAAUUAGUUGCGUUAAGUGAAGCAAGGGAUUCAUGAAAACUGUGAAGGAUUUUUUAUUCGAUUUGUAAAAAAAUUAGCCAUCGUUCGGUAGGAACCUCUUAUGAUGGAGAUAAUCUUUUAGAUGAAUAAACUUGAUAAAUUUCCAAAAAAAAUUUCUCAAUAUUCUAGGAAACCAGUUCUACAAAAGUCGAUAAUUUAAUAAACCGUAUUAUGAUGAGAAUUUCUUUUAUAAGGCUGACCUUUUUCAGGAUCAGAUCCACGCGUUGACAUCAUCCUACGUCAUGAUUACAUUUUUCGACAUCAUUCCCUGCGAUCCUCGAAUGCAAGACAUUCUCAGUUUCAAGUAUUAG